GCCGGGAUGGCGGCCACGGGCCGCUGUCCCCCACAUUCCCAUCCCCAGGGCUGCGGGGACCGGGACCCGGAGCGGAGGGACCCCACGCUCCGGUUGCCACGUGAGCGGGUGCCACCCCUGUCCCCGCGCCCCGGCCCGUGAGCCCGGCCAUGCCCAGCCCCGUGCGCCGCCCCCCCGGCGCCGCGCUGGCACCGGGGCUCGCCAUGAUCCCGGCGGAGGGCUCGGCGCUGCUGCGCGCCGUAUCCCAAGGGAAAUUCCGCCUGACCCGGCUGCUGCUGGAAGGGGGAGCCUACAUCAACGAGGGCAACGCCGCGGGCACGACGCCGCUGAUGGCCGCGUGCCGCGCCGGCUACGCCGACCCGCCGGAGCAGCCGCGCAUGGUGCGGUACCUUCUGGAAAACGGCGCCGAUCCCAACAUUCCCGACAAGGCCGGGAAGACGGCGCUGAUGCACGCCUGUGCCGAGCGCGCCGGCCCGGCCGUGGCCGCCGUCCUGCUGGCCCACGGCGCCGACCCCAGCGCCCGGGACUACGCCGGCGGCUCGGCGCUGGUUUACGCGCUGGAGCGCGGGGACCGGGAGACGCUGCAGGUGCUGCUGGACGCGUGCCGGGAGCGCGGCCGCGACGUCAUCAUCAUCACCUCGGCCACGUCGCCCCGCGGCACCAAGACCACCCGCCAGUACCUGAACUCGCCGCCGUCGCCCGCGCUCUGCGCCUCCCCCUCCCAGGUGGAGGUGCGGGCGGCGUCGGCGGCGUCGCCGGGCGCGGGCGGGAGGGAUGAGGAGCGGGAUGUGUUCCGCUUCCCGCCGGCGGCUCCGGCUGCCGCUCCGGAACCAUCGCGGGCCGGGCCCAAGAGGCAGCUGAAGAGGCUCAAUUCGGAGCCCUGGGGGCUGGCGGUGCCGGGGGUGGAGGGGACGACACGGGGAAGCCUGGAAGGGACGUGGGGGUCCUUGGAGGGGACGCGGGGCCCUUCGGAAGGGUCAUGGGGUUCCCCAGAGGGGCCACGAGGAGCCCCGGAAGGGAUGUGGGCCGCCCUGGAGCGGCCGGCGGGGGGGCUGGAGGGGCUGGGGCUGCGCCCGCGCCGGCACAGCAUGGAGGGGCGCGAGGCCUCGGGGCUGCCGGGGCCCACCUGGGCCGAGCGGGUGCCCCCCGUGGCCCCCCCAGCGCGUCGGCCCCAGGCCCCCGACGCUCCGCGGGGCAAACCCCUGUGCCGGGACCCCCUCGACCCCGAGGCGGCUCCCCCCGGGCCACUCCGGCGCCCGGGCGGGCUGUUGGAGCGCCGCGGCUCCGGAACGCUGUCCCUGGAGCCCCCCGGGUCGGGCAGGGCCGGGCUGCUGCCCCCGCUGCCCCCUGGGCCCCCCCGGGCCCUACUGCGCCGCCGCCAUUCCAUGCAGCCGGAGCUCGUCGCCUUCCGCAGCGCCCUGGGCCCCGAGCCCGGCUCUUAGAGACCCCCAGGGACCCCCCUCAGUGUCCUCUGGGACCCCCCCCGGGCCCCCUUCACUCUGAACCCACCCAGGGCUCGUGGCCCCUCCAUCACCGUCGGCACA